UGUAAGCCUACAUAGGAAAACAUAAAAAUUAAGGUGAUACUAGUUAGGAUACUUUAAAAAUCAUGCUAUCGAGCUAGAAGUUCGGUGAACUACGGAAUUUGUUUUUUCCAGUUUUUUCUACCCCUCACCCCCUCACCCCCAAAAAAUGUUGCGGUCCACUUGUAAAUAGCCGCUGACAUCUGACAUUUAUAAACCAUUCGACUCAACAUCGUCGAACGAAGAGUGUCUUGAAAAUAUCUGAAUUACAGUAUUUAAGGGUGGCUAGCACUGUGAUUAUGUGUCUUUUCUAAGUGAUUAACACCCACAGACUCAUGAAUUAUUGAGUUUCAUCGACCAAGAAUAGCGACGCCAUUUUGAAUAGAUAAGUACCGUAACAUAGCGACGGGAUAAAGUUUGUAUACAUAAUGUUCUAGAGCGCGUUCCACUAGCACAUAGGCACAUAAUGUCCUAGAUAUCGGACCAUUGAUAACACAACAAAUGCUGUACACUGGUAGAUAAUUUCCUCUACAAAAUGGUUAGCUCACAAGUUGCCCCAGUUAGGGCCAAACCGACGAUUUUUGGGAACAUUUUAGAACGAAAUGUGGUAUUCUUGUUGGAUACUUCGGGAUCAAUGUACCAUUGCUUGGAUGUCGUUCGAGAACAUUUGAUCGAAAUACUCUUCUUCCGGGCCACAUCGGGACAAGAUACAAUGUUCAAUGUGAUUGAAUUUAACGAGGAAGUAACGAAAUGGGCCGAUCGGAUGGUACAAUGCACUCCUAGAACUGUUAGUGUGGCAAGUGAGUGGAUCAAUAAACUCCAAUGUGGCACAAGCACCAAUACUAUGGGGGCUUUGCUAGAAGCUUAUGAUGAUGAUGGAAUGCAAGCGAUUUAUCUAGUGACGGACGGAAUGCCAGACCAGAGACCUGGAGUUAUAAUUGAGAACGUUCGCAAGCUACACAAAGGGAGACCAAUCCACGCUAUCUACCUUUGCAGUGCAAAAGCUGAUGUUGCAGCGGUUGAAUUCCUCGAAGAUUUGGCAAAAGAGACGAAUGGUUCUCUUCAUGUUAUAAGUUUAACCAUGUUUGGAAGAAUUCAGAAAGUUACCCCGGUUUUUAACCAAAAAUCAGAGUUUUUACGGAGCUAUAGUCAAGAUUUAUUAUCACCUAAUAUUACACCAACUUUUAGCUCUGAUGAAAAUACUAAGUCUAAUAUUGACUUUAACAACUAUUCCUACUCAGAAAGACCAACGUCUGCACCCCCUGCCUCUGGAUUUGUGCCACGCCUUUACGACCCCAAAACAUUUGCAACUGUUUUAAAGGCCCCUCAUGGGUCAGUACCCAUACCGUAUGUGUCAUGGAGUAAGUUUGAGAAACCUAGAGGAUAUUCUAAUGUGUUAAACUAUGCUGACUCGGUGUUGGCCUCUAGAGGGCUUGCUCAGUUUGUUGAUAAAGUGACCAGUUCAGUACCUGUAGCAGCCUCCGUCAUGAAGGGAGUACAGGUCCUUGCGAAACGGGAUUCUGAUGGAUUGUAUUACAUGGGGACUAUCACAGAUCAGGGUGAAAGAGACCAAUUUGUUAUUGAGUUCCACAAAUGCCCCGCCCUACGCAAACCUCAUGUACAAGAAACACCUGUUCAGGACUUCAUUGCUUAUAAAGAUGCUGUCCGUCAACAUGUCUGUCUAGGCGACAAAGUCCUGGCGCCAUGGCAACCAGAUGGUAGAUAUGGACCAGGAACGGUGAUUGAUGGUGUUGAUACCCGCGACUUGCAGCCCCCAGGGUAUGAAGACAAAGGUCAUCUUUUGGUCACGUUUUACAAUGGACAGACGGUAGAGAUUGGUGCUGGCGUGGCAGUGCGCAUACCAUUGGCUCUUUUCGAUCGCCUGGUUACUGAGCUUCAACUCCCUGAAUCCCAACGACGUAAAAUCACCAUAGCGACAGACUCGACACCCCCGGUGUAUGACGGAAGAGCUCCCCCUGCUGAGACCACAUGGCAGAGGCCUUUCUCACCACCCAAGAGUCAACGACGAAAUAACGUGGAAGACAACGAUGCAAGAUUGAAGGCAAAAAUUAAAACACAGCUUGAUCGAAAUCGUCAUUUGCUAGAAAGAGCCAAUUUGAAUCAAGAAGGAGAAUGGGUUAGAAGCCCGUCUCCCACGAACUCUCUACGGAGUGUGCAUUUUAAGGAUUCAAUGGACAGCGGUCAUUGUGAAAAUCUAGGCGACCUUGACUUUAUCGAAUCAGAAAGCGAGGAAAGUGUGGAGAUGAUUGACGUUGCCGUGGGGACGGAGACAGACUUCGAAAAAUAUGUUGGACGUCCGAUGCCUGUUGGUGUGCCCCUUACUAAAGCGGGCGGUCACCCCCAAGAAAAGAAGCGCUGGCGAUGGUGGAGCUCAGGACUCGCGCCCAGGCCUCCGCGGUUCCGCGAGACGCUUAUGUCCUGUCCCGCAGAACCGCGGGACGAAAAACCGCAUCGCCCAGGGCACCAGGAGUACAUGGACGUGGCGGGGGUCCCAUUCCCUGCAAAAACCGACAACAAGGCUUGGCAUCCUUACCACGGCCACACGGUAAGAGCACCCGUGGAGACUGAGCCGAGUUAUCACCAGCCUCCGCGCGGUCAAUCAAACGGCCAGGCCACCAAUGCUCAGAGGGCGAACCCCAUAAAUGGAGACCCGCAAGUAAAGCACCAUGAGUACCAGUCCUCCGCGGGCGUCCCAUUCCCUCCCGCCACCGAUCGCAAAUUUGCAACAAGCGGAAACCAAAACUGGGACCCUAGUCAGGCUGGUCAGCGGAGUGCUCAGUGGGAGGACGGCCUGGGCCACGGGGACACACGUCACAACAUGAAAGAGAGGCUACGGCUGGACCGGAAACGACAUGUGGCGGAACAAUACGAGGGAAGAAUACAGCGUGACGCCGCUGUACAAGAAAUGAAGGAAGCCAGUCGGCUCGACAACCAUAGAAAGAACAUCAAUGCACGAAACCAGCAAAUUGCAGAAACCGCUGCUUCCAAACAGCAGGCUCAAGCCGAGCGUCUGUCGUACAAGCGCGACCAGGCGGCGAAUCAUUACCGGAAAGAGUCCGAGCGCCAGGAGCAAGCUGAUGGCUGGAAACACGAGCGGAUAGAGGCAAUGAAACAACGAGCGGUACAACAUGAAAAUAUGGAGAAGAGCUUUGAGAAGGCAGCGCAAGACUACGCCCAACAGAAACAGGAAGGGUUUAACGCACGCAGACAACAGAGGGUCACUACUCAUCACGAGAGGGUCAUUCACGAAGUGCUGUCGGAACAAGCGAGAGAUCAGCGAUUACGAGCCGAGGCCAGGGCGAGGGAAAGGAAGCUGGAUAAGACCAAACGAGACGCCGAGCGCAGCAAGCAAGACAGGAUAGAUAUCAGGAGACACAACAUGGAUAGGUACCGGGCUAGUGUUAUACCAUGAUCUUAGCAACACGUGGGGGGAGGGGGGCUGCGUAGGGUGUGGGGGGAUGUAAACCCCCAUCUCACGCUACAAUACAAUACAAUACAAUAAUUUAUUUUCCGUCGAUGACGUGGGGAGUGGUCACCCAGUCUCCCGAUCUCGGGGAGCUCAUGGUACAAACGCUCGACAACACUACUGACAACGAUUACAUUACACAUUACAUAAUAAUUCUAAUUAUGGGAAAUAGGGAGAAUUUAAAUACAGUUGCUGCAUUGGCAGCCGUGUGGAAUGAUGUCGGGUAGGUUCUUGCGGAACUCAGAGACGGAAUUAGCAGCUUUAGCAGAGUUAGGUAGUUGGUUCCAAAAAUGUGAUAUUAGGUAGUAAAAAGAGUUAUGCAUAUAUAACGAUUGACGCUAAUACCAUUCCCGGGUGUGACUAGCUAAUUUGAGGUGUGUGUUUAAGCAUAUCUCAACCCUCGUCUCAACCGCUCUGGUUGGAUUUUUUUUUUGAUAUCUCAUACCUUACACAUGAGGUUGAAUAAUUUUAUUUGGUAUUUCUUGAUACGAGGAUGGCACCCUUUUUUACAACGAUAGACAACUUAUCCAUGUACUAGACAGCCUAUUAUAACAAAAACAAUUAUAUAGAUAGUAAUAUGGGCUAAGUUCCCAGGAGAUGGGAAAAUAAAAGAGGUUUUCGUGGCUUG